AUGGAGCUAAAUAUAUUCUACGCAACAGCUCAAUAUAUGGUUCCCAUACUUCAUGAACCCACUUUUCGUUCUGAUGUCGACAUCGUUUUUAAUGGAUCUCAAGAUCCAUGCCGGAAUUUCCAACUGCGUCUCGUCAUCGCCAUUAGCAUGCAGAGACUCAGUACCCAGUAUGCGGGACUGGCUGACAGUUACUACUUAGCAGCCCUGCCUUACUUCGAUGGGUGCUUGGCUAGGAUGGAUAUUUCUACAUUGCAAUGCUGUGCACUUAUGGGUUUAUAUUCCCUUCUUACGCCAACCAGAACAGCGGCCUAUUGGGUGGUUGGAGUUGCAGCCAAAUUAUGUCAAGACCUCGGUAUAUCCGACGAAGAGACUGUCACCAGAGGUGCCAACGGAGAACAGCUCAAUUGUCUCGAAAUUGACAUGCGACGGAGAUUGUUUUGGAUUAUAACAUCCAUGGAAUAUGGCCUUGCCCAUAGUCUUGGUCGUCCGAGCUCGUUCUGCGUGAGCCAUGACCAUAUCAACGUCAAUUUCUUCCAAACCUGUGAUGACCGCUAUAUUACACCCAACGGUAUACUACCCGGGGCCCAACCGAUAAUGAAGAAAUGCAUUGCAAUUCAUUUUUUUAAAAUGAGACUUCUGCAAGCUGAAAUCAGACGCAAGUUGUACCUUUGCAAGCGACCAGCCCCGUUGGACGAUAGGGAUCCGUGGUUCACGCAGAUGAUAGAUAAGAUGGACCGAUGGGUUGAAUCAUGUCCAAAAAAUGAUGAAGGCAGUGGCUUUAGCCAAAUGUGGUUCCAAGGUAGACGCAACACAAUGAUUGUGUUCAUGUACCGCCCAUCUCCACAGAUUCCUGAGCCUUCACUCUAUGCCGCUCAAAGAUGUUAUGAUGCCUCAGUUUUUAAUGUCAAGAUACAGCACCAACAGGUUGCCACUGGGACAAUCGAUCUUACGUGGAUAUUUACACAAUCUGUAUUCAUGGCACUAAACACAAUUCUAUGGUCGCUUUCGUACCCUGAAAUUCGAAAGGAACAUCCCGUUGGAGAUGUAAUAGGCGAAAUCCGCCUUGCGAUGGAAAUUCUUGCUAUCAGUUCCGAACGUUGGCCAGGAGUUGAAUCUGCUCUGGAGCUCUACAAAAGCCUUAUUUCGGGCUGUCUGAAGGCUUAUGCAACUGAUGAGUCCUAUGUGGUUCAUUCACCGCCAUCUAAUCGCCCUUCUCCGGCGCCUAGCUCUGACUUCGCAACACCUCCUCCCAUGGCCCAUUCACCCAACACAGCCGCUACCGUCCCAUCUCCAGUAUCUCAGUCCAAGACCACACCAAACCGACUUAGCUCGAGCCCUUAUGAACCUACACGUUCUCGCACCUCUUUCGAAGCUGCAAGACUUCACCCUGGACAGAUCAAGUUCGAAUCCACAACUCCGCCUCCUUCCCUCGCAACAAUGACAACAAUACCCUAUGAGCUGGCACCGCCACCUCAAGUCGCUUACACGAAUGGGAAUGGAUCGAGCAUUGAUCCUAACUCUAGCAGCCCAGCGCAGGCAUUUUCAUCUCCUGUGGCUCAUUCACUCGCACGUUGCGAUGUCAGUCCUACUCCAGCGAACAACUUUGACCCAAGCUCAUUCCACAAUACUUUCCCUUCAGUUGUGCCUGGCCUACAUCACUGGGACCCCAAUUAUACUACAGCAUCCACAACAGCCAGUUAUCUUACGUAUCCUAGUGCCACAAUUGAUCCCAUGUCAUGGGUAGGCACUAUUGGAGAGCAAUACUCCCAAUUCUUUAACCAGCCGUACCAAUCCAAUAUAUUCCGGGAUCGAAGGCUGAGCUAUGAGGAACAUGCGGAACUUAUGGAUACCCUCGGUCACGAUCUACCAGACGUCUCACAACUGGCUGAAGAAACAGCUACGUUUUAUACUCCCAGCAUGGUACCUUAA